CGAACCAAAUACAACUCACGAUUAUUCUCAACAUCCAUCAGUGGAAAUCCGAAGUGGGAUGACUGAAACAGUGAAAUGUCACUCCACUCCAUCCAAAACAAACAAAAACAGUGAAUUCAGAGACGCAGCCCGAAAACUAAAAUAAAGCACACGAAGCGUAAAAAACAAAAAAAAAGAAGAAGAGAAAACAUUCGCAAUCGCUACCCGUGGUGUACUGGUGUGUAUAAUUCAAACUUCCUUUCAAUUCAACGGUCAACAUUCAAACCCCGAUCCCAACGAACGACGGACAACCUAGCCAGUCCACAGUCCACACUCGCGGGUUUUUUCCCCUUCCCCGUCCGCGCCCUAAGAAACUGCACAGGCCGUCAGGCCCACAACGCACGCUCACAUGCAGCAGUCUACUUCUAUUUUCCAUUCAACGCCGGCGAACGCAAGGCCAAAAGCCCAAAACCUAUAUAUUCCAUGUACUACUGAUUCACAACGCCGGCGACGCCCACCCAGCCCCGCAGCCGCAGUCGCAGUCCAGGCCAGCACCACCCGUCAGCUUGCGGACUCCACGCACCGUACAUGCAGCACAACAGUUCAGCCGCACAACAAACCGAGGUCCGAGGGACAUCGUCAAUAUUAGCGCGCGGCGCGGGGAUGGUUACGCCGGCGGUGUCCCGCUACCGGCUUCGCCCGCGGUUGGUGCGUGUGGCGGUGUCAGAGAUCCCGCUCGCCACGAGGCGGACGAGGCAGCAGCCCGUGGCCGCGACGGAGCCGGCGAUUCCGAGCAACUUCCUGUGCCCGAUCUCGCUGGAGAUGAUGAAGGACCCCGUGACGGCGCUGACGGGAAUCACGUACGACCGGGACAGCGUGGAGGGGUGGCUGCAGCGCGGCCACUCCACGUGCCCCGUCACCGCGCGCCCGCUGCGCGCGGAGGACCUGAUCCCAAACCACGCCACGCGGCGGAUGAUCCAGGACUGGUGCGUCGCCAACCGCGCCCUCGGGGUGGAGCGCGUGCCGACGCCCCGCGUCCCGCUCUCCGCCGCCGACGCGGCCGAGCUCCUGGCGGCGGUGUCCGCCGCCGCGCGGCGAGGGGACGCGAUGGUGUGCCGCCAGCUGGCGGCCAAGGCCAGGGCGCUAGGGAAGGAGAGCGACCGCAACCGCCGGUGCCUCGCGGCGGGGGGAGCCGCCCGCGCGCUCUCCUCGGCGUUCCUUCGGCUCGUUGACCAGCCGGCGUCGUUCGGCGGCGCGCUGGGCGAGAUCCUGGCCACGCUGGUCGUGUUCUUCCCGCUCGACGAGGAGUGCAGGAGCCACAUUGCCUCCCCGGCGUCGCUGGACGCCAUCGUCUCGAUCCUGUCCCACGACGGCGAGGCGACCUCGAAGUCCAGCGCCGCCGUCGUGCUCCGCGAGAUCGCGUCGUCGUCCGACUCCGACCCCGAGUGCCUCGACGCCCUGUCCGAGACCAACGGAGUACACGACGCGCUCAUCAAGCUCCUGCAGAAGCCCGUGUCGGCGCAGGCCACCAAGGCCGCGCUGGUCACCGCCUACUACCUCGUCAGGGGCAGCGACCUAGCGGCCAGGCGCCUGGUCGACCUCGGCAUGGUCGAGCUCCUGGUCGAGAUGCUAGUCGACGCCGACAAGGGCACGACGGAGAAGGCGCUCGCGGUGCUCGACAGCCUGUUGCUCACGGAGGAAGGGCGCGGGAAGGCGUGCGCGCACGCGUUGGCCGUGCCGGUGCUGGUCAAGAAGAUGCAGCACGUGUCCGAGAUGGCAACCGAGUUCGCCGUGUCGGCGCUGUGGCGGCUGUGCAAGAGCUUCUCGGGCGAGGGUCCGUGCAAGGCCGAGGCGCUGCAGCUGGGCGCGUUCCAAAAGCUCCUCCUCCUGCUGCAGGUCGGCUGCAUGGGCGUGACCAAGGAGAGGGCCAGCGAGCUGCUCAGGCUCCUGAAUGGGUCGAGAGACGGCGUUGAGUGCAUUGAGACGGUAGAUUUCAAGGGGCUCAAGAGACCCUUCUCAUGAGUCAUGAACAUUGUGCGUAGAUUAGGUCAUGAAUUAAGCUGUGGAUAAAAGCUACACGGACGCGAUUAGAUUAAUUUAGGAACUCCUCUUUUUUUUCGUGGUGGCGGGGAACAUCCUUUUGCUUCCCCCCUUGCCCCUUCCUUGGUCUGUUGGUCAUAGGCUGAUGGCCAUUUUUGCAGUGCUGCUCUGAAUGAAGUCUGUAGAAGUGUAUGAACCAAAUCAUACAGCAGGAAAGAAUAAAGCGUUGCUGCAAGUUUCUGACGAUUUGCAUGCCGGUUUUGAAUCUUCUUGGCGCUUCGGGGACGCAAGAGAAGACAUGUCCAUUCCGCCGUCUGUCAGGCCAGUGCCAUGCCAUGCCUCUUUAAAAUUUCAAAGUUGAGAACACAGUUUUUGACUGGACUGGAGGAAGGACCAAGUUUGUUUCAUUAUUGUAGUAACACACUACUACUAAUGCAAGGCCAGAGACCAGAAGAAGACGUGAAGCAGUUGAGCCUUUACGUUUCCAUUUUGUGUUUGGAAGGAAAUAGUGUCACAUUUGAAAACUGCAGAGACCAGCGUCACAGUAGCAAACAGCAACAAAGGGCUUUGAAAAACAAGACAACGGCAAGCGACACGAACAGCUAGGCCAUGUAAGAUUUUCGUGCCGCCAUCUAUCUUUUCAUCUUCAUCCAGUGCUUUUCUUCA